CAGCGCCCACUUCACACCUUCACAGGCUACGUUUCCCUUACUGCGACACCAGGAGCAUCGUUCCCAGUGACAUAUAAACGACUCCUACACUUCUCAAUCAUAAUUAGAGCGCCUUACCCUUACUCCCCACCUCCGCUAGUCCAUCCGACUACCCCGCUUGAUCUAUCCAGCAUGUCUUUCAACAACGGUUACAACGACCAGUUCCAGGGCCCGCCCCAGGGUGACAUGAACAACCCCACCCCACAGCCGGGCGACAUGGGUCAGCCCAUGGACACCUCCGGCAACGGCUUCCCACCCCAGGGCAAUAUGGGCCCUCCAGGCAGCGCUGGCGGCGACGGUCAAGGCCAGGGUGCCGGAAAGACGACUCUCUGGAUGGGUGAGCUCGAGCCCUGGAUUGACGAGAACUUCGUCCGCAGCAUCUGGUACAACAUGGGUGAGACAGUCAAUGUCAAGAUGAUCCGUGACAAGUUCUCCGGCAAUGCUGGAUAUUGCUUCGUCGACUUUGCGAGCCCUGAUGCUGCGGCCAAGGCUCUGAACCUCAACGGACAACUGAUCCCAAACUCGAACCGUCCAUUCAAGCUCAACUGGGCCUCUGGUGGCGGUCUCGCUGAUAGGAGCCGCGACGAGCGUGGCCCCGAAUUUAGCAUCUUCGUAGGAGACUUGGGCCCUGAAGUUACCGAAUUCGUCCUUGUCCAGUUGUUCCAGAACAAGUAUCCCUCGACCAAGUCGGCAAAGAUCAUGUCGGACCCCAUCAGUGGCAUGUCCCGUGGUUAUGGAUUCGUGCGAUUUGCCAGCGAGGAAGACCAGCAAAAGGCUCUGACUGAGAUGCAAGGCGUUUACUGCGGCAACCGCCCCAUGCGUAUUUCUACUGCAACACCAAAGAACAAGAGCGGUGGUCCAGGCGGCCCCGGCGGAAUGGGUAUGCCCCAGGGUGCGGGCGGCCCAGGCAUGGGCAUGUACUCCAUGGGUGCUCCCCCAAUGGGUAACUACUAUGGCGCUCCCCAGCCCAUGAACCAGUUCACGGAUCCCAACAACACUACCGUCUUCGUCGGCGGUCUCUCGGGCUAUGUUACCGAGGACGAGCUACGCUCUUUCUUCCAAGGUUUCGGUGAAAUCACCUAUGUCAAGAUUCCUCCAGGCAAGGGAUGUGGCUUCGUCCAGUUCGUGCAGCGCCACGCCGCAGAGAUGGCUAUCAACCAGAUGCAAGGUUACCCAAUUGGCAACUCCCGCGUGCGUCUUAGCUGGGGUCGCUCUCAGAACAACUCUGGACCCGCCGGUACCCCAUACCGCCCUGCGCCACCUCCACCAGUGCCCUUUGGCCCUGGAAUGGGCAUGCCCCCGCAACACCCCUACGGCGGUGGUGGCGGCGGUUACGGUCCUAUGAUGAAGUAAGCGCAUUCUUUCCCUCUGUAUUGCUUGCACGGCGCUUCAUUCGUGGUUCAUCCCGUUGGCUUUACUGCAACGACCCCUUUCAUGACUCGGCAAUGACGAUUUCGAGCGAUUUGGUCUUUAGUUCUAUAACGGGCGGUACUCUAAAA